GUCACCUUAAUGGGCAACAUCAGCAUAAUCAUGUUAAUCAGAAGCAGCCCUCAGCUUCACAUACCAAUGUACCUUUUCCUCUGCCAUUUGGCCUUUGUAGACAUUGGUUACUCCUCAUCAGUCACACCUGUUAUGCUCACAGGCUUCCUCAAGAAAGGAACCUCUAUCAGUGUUGCUGGUUGUACAACCCAGCUCGGUUCUGUGGUCACAUUUGGGACAGCUGAGUGCUUCCUGCUGGCUGUCAUGGCCUAUGAUCGCUAUGUGGCCAUCUGUUCCCCAUUGUACUACCCCACACACAUGUCCCACAGAAUCUGCAUUCUCUUAGUGGGAAUGUCCUACUUGGGUGGGUGUGUAAAUGCUUGGACAUUCACAGGAUGUUUAUUAAGUCUAUCCUUUUGUGGACCUAAUAAAAUCAAUCACUUUUUCUGUGACUAUUCACCACUUUUGAAGCUUUCCUGUUUUCAUGAUUUUACUUCUGAAAUAAUUCCAGCCAUCUCUUCUGGUUCCAUCAUUGUGGUCACUGUGGUUAUCAUUGUUCUGUCUUAUGUGUACAUCCUUUUCUCAAUUCUGAAGAUGUGUUCCACUGAAGGACGCCAGAAAGCCUUCUCCACCUGCUCAUCUCACCUCACAGCAGUCAUCCUGUUCUACGGGACCAUCACAUUCAUUUAUGUCAUGCCCAAGUCCAGCUACUCAACAGAACAAAACAAAGUGGUGUCUGUGUUCUACACGGUGGUGAUCCCCAUGCUCAACCCUCUCAUCUACAGUCUGAGGAACAAGGAGGUGAAAGAGGCCAUGCGAAAACUGAUGGCUAGAAUAUAUUGGUGGUCCUAAAGUAAUCUGAUUUUAAUAAUAAACACUAUAUCAUGAGGACCUCUUCUGCAGAUGCAUGGAUAAUAUACCAAGUAAAUUUCAUUGUAUAUUCAUAGUAUUCUAGACUCAUAGAUUUCAUUGUUAUUCUCAAGAAAGUUUUCAGUGUAAAGAAUAAAUGUGCAUGCACUAAGACAGUAAUACCUAGUAAAAAAUAAUUGCUUUAUGCUUUCUUCACCUACCAUUUGUUGCAUCUACAAGUAUUGUACAAAUAUUUUCAAGUAAGUUCUGUGCUCUUUGAAUGCAGUGUUUGGAAUUAAC